GUCAUAAUAAUAAUUAUUCCUACUGAAUCCGGAUAGUAAUUUAACAAUUUGUGGCAGGCAGAAUUGGAUAAAGUGUAGUAGGAGUAACUUGUCUUAAUGUUUUUUUUUGUAAAAAUUGGGUUUGUGUGAAAUUUUCAGAUAGAGCUCUUAACCAUGACCGAAGAGUUCCUAGGUCUAGUAAUUUUACUCAUUAUCUGGGGUACCCCGUUUUCUGGUGCACAAGUUUGUGACUACCAAUCCAAAACUAACACAUAUGUUUGUGAAAAGGUUAUCUAUCAGUUUCCGAAUAUGUAUUACGGAAAGUUUAAUUUGAAAUGCGAGGACUGUCAAAUUAAGAAAUUCACAAAUGAUACUUUUCCUUACGAGAACCUGCUUGUAAGUUUUAAUAUAUCGGAUAGUGGAAUACAAAAUCUGGGACCAAAAAGUUUCAGCUACUUUGAAAACCUUGAAUAUCUUUUCUUGGAUCAUAAUGAUAUACGGAAUAUUCAACCAGAGACUUUUGUUAAUUUGAAGAAACUCUUUGAAUUGCAUUUGGAAUUUAACAGCUUGGAGAUUGUAAGACCACAUACAUUUAGAGGAAUGAGUAGUUCUACCGUAAAUGUCUCAUACAAUUUUAUUACGAAUUUAACUGAUAACACCUUUAAAUAUAGUACAGGUUUGUUAAGUUUAGAUAUUUCUCAUAAUAAUAUUUCAUACCUUGAAGCAAAUAGUUUAAGAGGAUUGGAAGAUCUUGAAGUAUUAAACUUAAAUGGCAACAAUAUCUGUUACCUACCACUUGGUCUUUUUAAAUGGACAAAAGCAUUACAGCAUUUAAAUUUGGCUAACAACAAACUUCAAACUUUAGAAUAUGGAUCAUUUUCUGGAUUAAGGAGCCUUAAAUAUUUAUCUCUCGCUCAAAAUAUUUUUAAUAUUUUCGAGUCUGGACCAUUGCUUUCGACUAGAGCGUUAAUAACAUUAGAUAUAAGCGGUAAUGGACUAUCUAUGUUUUCUCCAUCAGAGUUAUAUACCGAUGUUCCAUCAUUAAAGGUAUUGUAUUUCGAAGACAAUAUUUUCACUUGCGAACAACUCAAGGAUGUUAUACGUUUUUUAAGAGAAAAAAGUAUUCAAACUGAGAACAACAUUUUAAGGCUUGAAAUGCUUAACAUUGAUGGAAUAGCUUGUGUAAACGGUAUUCCUUUUGGCCUUUUUGGAAGAAAAGAUAUUCCGUUAGACACAUUUUUGCGUAAUUCUAGUAAUCAAGCUAAAAAUUUAAGGAAUUGUAACUAGUAUAAGAAAUACAUCUAAUAAAUAUGAUUAAUAAUA